AUGAUCGACAGGGACAAGAUCACUAUUGCUAUCGAUUUCGGACGACGGACACGAUUUUGUCUAGGCGGUGUUAAACUCGUUUAUAUAGCGGGGAACUACCUAAGCGUAAACUCCAAUUCAACUGGUAGGUAUCGUUCUCAAUCUCCCAUAACGUUUAAAGUUUAA